AUGUUCAAGUUUCUCGUCCUCUCUUCUCUUGCUCUUAUCAAUGUGAAUAUUAUUUUGGCUUGUGAUUCUUCGGAAUCUGAAGGACGUGAGUUAGGCUAAGUCUAGGCCUAGGCCUAAGCCCAACAAGCCUAGGCUCCUAGAUAACCCUGUUUUCCAGCAUGCGACGGGUCUACCUUAACAUGUUCUACACAGGUUUGCGACACUGCUGCAGGACAAUGUUGCCCGGUGACAAGUACCAGUAAGACUUCCCCAAAUCGAGUUCCUCUAACUCCCCCUCUUCCAGGCACCUCCACAGUCACCUCAACAACAACUGCAACAUGUGUAGAUCUAACCAACCCUCGAACAGGAGUCUCCGAUUGUCCAAGUCUCUCGUAUCUCUGCAAUGAUUCGACCUAUUAUACAGUGAUGACUACACAAUGCCCAAAAACUUGUGGAAGAUGUUCAUCGAGUUCGAGUUCGACAAGUUGUUCGGAUCUUUUGAAUCCAGCAACUGGUGUUUCGGAUUGUCCAAGCAGAGCGUAUCUUUGCACAAAUUCGGUAUAUUAUGAUGUGAUGACUGUGCAAUGUCCAAGCACUUGUGGAAGAUGUAAUAGUACUAGUGAGUUUUGAGAGAAUUGCAAUCUAGGUAUUGCUCAUGUUAAGCUAGAUACCUGAACGUUCAGGUGGUGGGAGAAAGUUGAAAAAUUGGUGCAUUUUUGGUCAAAAAACUUUUUAGUCAAAUUUUGGCCAAUUUUCGACCAACUUUUGAUCAAAUCACUGUUUUGGCCAUUUUUGGUCAAAAAAUGGUCAAAAAUUGGCCAAAAAACGAAUUGGUGCAUUUUUGGCCAAAAAACUUUUUAGUCAAAUUUUGGCCAAUUUUCGACCAACUUUUGAUCAAAUCACUGUUUUGGCCAGAUUUUGACCAAAAAACGAAUUGGUGCAUUUUUGGCCAAAAAACUUUUUAGUCAAAUUUUGGCCAAUUUUCGACCAACUUUUGAUCAAAUCACUGUUUUGGCCAUUUUUGGUCAAAAAAUGGUCAAAAAUUGGCCAAAAAACGAAUUGGUGCAUUUUUGGCCAAAAACUUUUUAGUCAAAUUUUGGCCAAUUUUCGACCAACUUUUGAUCAAAUCACUGUUUUGGCCAGAUUUUGGUCAAAAAAUGGUCAAGCUCCCACCACCAGUGGAACAAAGAAGAAUACAACCAAAUCUAGGUAUUGCUCAUGUUAAACUAUAAUAUAUCCCUCUAGGUUCCUCCACAUCUUGUGUCGAUCUUCUCAACCCAUCAACCGGUGUUUCUGAUUGUCCAAGCCGAGCCUAUCUCUGCACAAACUCUGUCUACUAUGACGUCAUGACUGUUCAAUGUCCUCGAACUUGUGGCAGAUGUUCAACAUCAUCCACUUCCACCUCAUCCACAUCCACAACAUCAGCCGGAACAUGCGCUGAUCUCACCAAUGCCGCCACUGGUGUUUCCGAUUGUGCCGCCCGUGUCGCCUAUUGUACAAAUGCGAUCUAUUUGCCAUUGAUGAGAGUUCAAUGCCCAAAGACUUGUGGAUUUUGUACUUAA